AUGAGGAUAUCACAAUUAUUUACAGUAUUUGCAGUGGUUUUCACCGGUUCAUUUGCUAUUGAACUUGACAUCAAGGACAAAGAUUCAGUAUGUUCAGCUGCUGCUUUAGUAGCUGAUGGUAUGCUAAACUAUUAUGAAGGUACCAAAUACGGUGGUACAGUGGGUAUGUUUUCACAACCAUAUUAUUGGUGGGAAUCCGGUGAAGCAUUUGGUGGAUUAAUUGAUUAUUGGUACUUGUGUCAAAAUGAUACUUAUGAACAAUUGAUUUAUGAUGCAUUGAUUGCUCAAAAAGGUUCUAAAAAUGAUUAUAUACCUUCAAAUCAAUCAACAACUGAAGGUAAUGAUGAUCAAGGUUUUUGGGGGAUAACUGUAUUAGAAGCUGCAGAAAGAAAUUUUACAAAUCCAACACAUGGUACACCAGGUUGGAUAGCUUUAGCCCAAGCUGUUUUCAAUACAAUGUGGGCUAGAUGGGAUAAGGAUUAUUGUGGUGGUGGUUUAAGAUGGCAAAUUUUCACUUGGAAUUCAGGUUACUCAUAUAAAAACACCAUCUCUACUGCUUGUUUAUUCAAUAUUGCAGCAAGAUUAGGUAGGUAUACCGGUAAUACAACUUACUUUGAUAUUGCAGAAGAUGCUUAUCAAUGGUUAGUUGAUGUCAAAUAUAUUGUUGAAGGUGACUCUGCACAAAUCUUUGAUGGUGCCGAGAUCACUGAUAAUUGUACUGAUAUUACAACUAUUGAAUGGUCAUAUAACUAUGCUUUAAUGCUUGGUGGAAGUGCAUAUAUAUAUAACGCCACAGAAGAUUCAGCUUGGUUACAAAGAACCGAACAAUUCCUAGAAGGUGCUAAAGUGUUUUUCAAUGAUUCAAUCAUGUAUGAAAGAGCAUGUCAAGGAGCAGGAAGUUGUAACAAUGAUCAACGUUCAUUCAAAGCUAUAUUUUCAAGAUGUCUUGGUCAAACUUCAGUGCUAGUGCCCUCUACAGCUGACACCAUUGAUCCAUGGAUUCAAGCAUCUGCAGAAGCUGCUGCAAAGUCAUGUUCUGGUGGUUCCGAUGGUAUGACUUGUGGAUUGAAUUGGUUUUUAGGAAAUUGGGAUGGUAAAUAUGGGCUUGGUGAACAAAUGUCAGCUUUAGAAGUUAUACAGAAUUUGCUAAUCCAUGAUAGAGAAGCUCCUUAUACCAAUCAAACUGGUGGUACGUCUCAAGGUGAUGCUGCGGCAGGUACUAGUGGUAAUGGUCAAAGUGCUAAUUUGAACAGUGAUGAUUUAACAAUCACAGGGAAGGAUAGAGCUGGUAGUGGUAUUAUCACAGCUGUGAUAUUAGCAGUCUUGGUGGGUGGUAGUGUAUGGAUGGUUAUCUAA